UGUUGCUGUUUAUAAACGGGGAGCGUGGGGUAUAAAAGGACGGUGAGGGGCCAGUGCUGCAUCGAGAUCUCAGGGCAGCUACCAUCACUAACAUCACCGAGGCUUCCCACACAGACAUUCACGAUGGGCAAGAUCGUCUUCUACGAGGACAAGAACUUCCAGGGGCGGCGCUACGAGUGCGACAGCGACUGCUCGGACUUCCACAGCUACCUAUGCCGCUGCAACUCCAUCCGGGUGGAGAGUGGGGCCUGGGUGGUGUACGAGAGGCCCAACUACAUGGGCUACCAGUAUACGCUGACCAGGGGGGAGUAUCCUGAGUACCAGCGCUGGAUGGGAGUCAACGACCGCAUCAGCUCCUGCAAGAUCAUUAACUUUACCAGCGGGACCCAGUACAAGAUGCAGCUCUACGAGAAGGCCGACUUUGGGGGCCAGGCCUACGAGGCCACGGAGGACUGCCCCUCGCUCCUGGAGAAGUUCCGCUGGAGGGAGGUCCACUCCUGUAAGGUCUACGACGGCUGGUGGGUGUUCUACGAACACACCAACUACCGCGGACGCCAGUACUUCCUGGAGAAAGGGGAGUACCGCAAGCCUGGCGACUGGGGGGCCAUCAGUCCUGCUGUCCAGUCCUUCAAGCGCUUCACCGAAUGAGUCACCCUCCAUCCAGGACGCAGGCUAGUUGUGAUCUCUGCCAGGGCUUCACGGUACCUGGCUCCAGUUUUCAUGAACUAAUGUAAUUUCGAACUGAGGUCUCAAAUAAAAACCUGUCCAGCAAA